AUGAUUCUGUCACUCCAACUAUUGACCUUCCUUGUCAUCUUGAAGACGGGAGAAUCCUUUGUUGUCCACCAAUCAUCCCCUUCUCCUCCACCUGACAUCACCACGAGGAUGAGAACCCCAUCUUUUUCAUCGUCAUCGUCAUCUUCGUCUCUUUCGUAUGCACGUCAUUCCAACACUGAGGAUCCAGAGGAAAUGCGCAAAGAGAUUGCAGCAUUGCGAGAGGAAGCCUUGCAGAAAUUACACGUCUUGCAGGAACGAAUAGAUAACGUUGAAUUGGUGGAAGUCGAAGAAGAAGAAGAAGAAAAGGUGCAGCAUGAUGAGACUUCUACUACUGCUACUGCUACUAUUACUUCUGCAGCAACAGCAUUGGACCAUCAUGUGGAAGAGGCAUCCUUUCCAAAGUCUGGAGACGAAGUAAUAUUGGAUUUUAUGGAACGUGAACGAGCUGCAUUGGAAGAGACCAACAGCAUGGUCGGUUCGGAAACAUCAUUGGCUUCAGAUUCCGCUACAAUCACUAGCACUGAAACUUCUAGCACUUUAACAACAUCAUCAGCAUCAUCACCAGAUGCUGUUCCCACUCAAGCCGAAGCCCUCCGUCGAUUGGAUGACACUCGAUGGCGGGUAAUGCUCAACAUUGGUCGGGAACCAGGAACCUGGAUGCCCAAUGAGUGGGGCGCCAGUGGGGAUCGACUCCAUUUGCAUUUGGAACUGGAAUUCUCUUCCGACGCACUCCUCAUGGACGAAGGAGAAGGAGAAGAAGACGUCAAGGGCAAAAAAGGCAAACAUGGAAACAAGCACAAGAAAAACUUGAAUUAUCCUGGAGAUGAUUUUUUGAAUGGCCGAUCCUAUACCAAGGUACUCAAAGUGGUACAAAAUGAGGCCAGCAUGUCUCCCACCAUGACGGAAGGGGCUCGCAAGGUCCGCGUCCAUAAUGGUGCCUGGAGGGUGGCACCCUUUGAAGGACCCAUGGGCACAACCGUCCUACGCUUCUAUGUCGAAUUGGAAGAACAGGCAUCGCACGGUGACAGUGACGUUUGGUGUCCCGCGGGACGAGUCUAUUGCACGUGUGGAUACUUUCCAAUGUACCACGAUCCCAUUACCGGACUCGUGUCGACUUGUUCCCUGCCAUCUACUAUUGGUAGCAGCAAGAACAAGAACAAGGAGGAUGCUGUUGUGUUGCCAGUAUCCUGUCUCAAAGCAGCCCUCAAAGAGGAACAGGAGCAAAUUGCCUCGUAUUACGAAGCUUUGGCCCGGGCCAACCACGAGGAUCCAGCUAUUUUCAGCUGGGACAAGCUGAAGCGAUCCAGCCAAAUGAUGAAACUCAAGCAAGAUGCCACCAAAUUGGCCCACAAACGGCACGAACUCAACAUUCGGGAACCAGACAAGAACGUCUUGAGAUUGUCCCAAGACCAGCAAGUCGGGAUCACACGAGAAGGUGGGGUUUGUUGCAAGGUUCACAAGGGAUUGGCGGUGGAAUAUCACAUGCUGGGCAAAUUUGAAAUUGCGUCCAUGAAAAAUCGAGACCACAAGGAUUAUCGAGAACUCUUGAUGCCAUAA